UGUUUGGAUACAUCAUAGGACCCCACAACAGACCACCACGAGGAACACAAACAGUGUUAUUAAACACGAAAAAGCAUCGAACGAUACUUUUAUUGAUACUGAAAUGUCACUCUGAUAUUAACAGUCCUAUCAGUCAAAGGUAAAUGACCGCGCGCAAAGGAUUAAUCGGUAAGUGCACGAGCCCAAUGCGUUUUCUUCGCGCGGCUUGACGGGAAAUCUUAGCUAUGUUUUUUCUUCUUUCUACAAAAUGGCCUACCUGGACUGCUGUAAGAUUUUGUUUAUCGAGCAAAGGAUGGCCGAUAUUUCUAACAGAGCGUACAAAUAAACCAAGUUGGCUACGAUGUUCAUUUAAAUAUUAUAAUGUUUAGUUUAUGAAUUAGCAUGCAGCUAGCGAAGCUUCAAGUGAGGCUUAGCCCGACAUUAACAACAAACACGCUUUCUCUAACAAAACCCAAUACUGCAAUAGUACUGUCAAUAAUGCGGCUUUUUCUAUUAUUCGUGUACUAGUAGUGAACACCAUUUAGGAAUGUUUUAUUGUAUUUCCUUGUUUAGUGGCAUUCAUUAACAUUUAUCCUAUACUAUCUCAUACAUGAACAGCAUCAUGAAAAAAAAGAAAAAUGUUAUACGGUGAGGCAUUUUUUUAUUUUGCACUCACUAUCAAAGUAAUCACACGAGGAAUCAAUUUUAUUGGUAGGCAUAUUUAGUCCGGGUCUACAUUUCUGUCAGUUCAUUUUUGUUCUUCAGUGUUUGUUAAUCCUUUAUACCCAAGACAGCAUUAAAUGGAAAUGUUUACAGGAAGUUGAUAUCAACAAAUAUUUACUCAAGAUGCAUAAAUGUAUUGACCUAAUUUUAUAAAGAAUUAAUUUGUCUGUUUGCAAUAACAUAUACUGCUUAGUGUCAAUAAUUUGGAUGUCUGCUAUUUUCUUACUCCAUGUUAUUGAGAUACUAUGAUGAUAGGACAUGAAUGAAGAAUGAAUGAAUGCUCAUUCAUGUUUUUGCAACUACGUGUGUAUGCAAGUACCAAGUUUUUCCCAAGUAAAAUCAGCAUGUCAGCUAUGUUGGGGCUUGGACACUUAAAGAUUUCUAUGGAGACUUUUGUCAAAAUUAAAGGAUAUCAACACACCUCAUGCGUCAGUAAAGACAGUCAUUUCCAUCUGCCAAACCAUGAUUUGUUUUGUAUUGUCGCUCAACUGUUGAGUCAAUGGCCUUUCUUACCUUUAAUUUUUCCACACAAGUGUGAAGGAAAGCAUUUUGAUGAUUUAUAUUCUUACGUUUCUUUUAGUUAAACACUGCCAUGAUUUAUGCUGCCUUCACGUGCUAUCGGAAUUAUCGUUAGUGAUGGGGAAUCAACUCCAAAAGAGUCGAUUCCUCGAUUCUGACUCAGGAAUCGACUCUUUUGUUCGACUCCGUAACUUUACGAACAGAAAGUUGGGACUGGCUAAAAUAAAUUAAUUAGCGUUCUUAAGAACCAAUCACAUAUUCUACAAAUAUCUGUUGGUUAGUGGGACACUCAUUCAUCAUGUGUGUUUGAGUGGGAUAUAGUGUGCGUGCGUGCAAAAGAAAGAGAGAGAAAGGGUAUGUGACAGAUCUUAAAACCUUCGGUAUUUGUGUAGUAUUACAUUAGUGCAUGGGGCAGUGGUUGGAGAAGUGGAUUCUUCCAAUUUGUCUAGUUUCUAUUUGACAAUUAAAGGAGCAAUAUGUAACAUUGAAAUCAAGCGUUUAAAAUGGGUACUGCAGUCCAAAUUCAAAAAUAUUGGAGAGCGUUGUCUCCCUCACCCCUCUUCCCCAGACUCGAAGCUCACGCUGGACACGCAACAGGAAUGAGCAAACUGACAAUGGCAAGCGACGAGCCUUACACUGUAAGUUGAUCAGCUAAUGUAUACGUAUGCAAUGUUUUUAUUGUUUUAAAAUUAUAAACCAGCUCAUGUGGAUUUUUUAUAACUCUGUCAAUGUUAGCUAGAUGUAUUGCUGGCUUCCAUGGCUGCAGCGCGCUGUGUUUGCAACUUGUUUCAAAUCUGGCAACCCGGGGUGUCGAAAUACUAUUGGGAACUGGGCAGUGGGCAGGAUCACACAGGCCAAAACAUGAAUGUUUUUUCCGGCAACAAAGCACUUGAAUGUGACAUACUCGUAAUUACCACUUCAGAAGCGGGAAGUAGGAUAAUUCCAAUAGCACAUGAAGGCAGUAAAAAUGGAGCUAGUGUUUGAAGGCACAGCUGCAUUCAAGUGAUACACUGUCCAUACAGGAGAGAAAAGGCAGGAGGUUUUUUUUUUAAUCUAUGAAGAAAAAUUAAGACAUUACACCAGCUGAAUGAGUAUCACAAAAUUUUUUGAGAUUUAGGUUUGGAAAAUAAGGCCGAUGCAACUCUCAGCAUCCUAGCUGCAUAAUUUAGUUGAAUAUGGUCCUGCCACAUUUUAUACUGUUGUCACAGGGAACCAAAAUAAUGCCAAAUAACAGAUAAUGCUCAUCAUUUUGGUUAAAAAAAAAUGUCCUAAGAUUCAGGCAAAAUGUUACGUAAUUUACUUAAUUUAACUUUACGUUUUUACUACCACAAACAAAGAGAACAAAAUAACGUAAAAUAUGCAGCAAGAGUUAGAGGAACACAAUCCUAAAAAAUGCUCAGAUUGCAAUUUUAGGAUUAAUUAUGUCGUAAAGUAAUAAUAAUAAUAUAAUUAAGAAUUAAAUGGAAUUUACAUCCAUUAACAAAUAUGCUCCUUUAGAAAAAUGUGCCACUUCAUCUGGUGGCUUGUAUCAUAUAUCAUGCUUUACCUUUUCUGAAUGGAAGCAAAAAAAAAUAAUUUUUGUGUUAAUUAGUGUUUUGCUUUUAGGAAGCUUCAAAUCUUUAAGCUAAAUACUGUAAUGUCUGUUAUUUAAUUAAAAUAAAAAAGAAUUGUAAAAAAAAAAAAAAAAAAAGCUUUUCUAAAUUCUUCCCCUAUCUGUCGUUGAUCGAACAAACAGAUAGUCCUGCCCCAACUCAUACCAGGUUGAGUCAAUAACUGCUUUCCUACCAUUAAGCCGAACAGUUCUAAGCAUGGUGAGGAACGGUUCCAGUAGCAUUUCCACUUGAGCACGGUUCGGCAUGGCACGAUUACAAACCAUUCUCAGCCCGGAUUUAUCGUUACGGUAAGCUUACCGUGCUUAAUCAGGCUCAACUGUGCUGGUGGAAUGGCUUUAGUACGUGGCGACUCAUGAUUGUCAAUUUGCCAAACACCAAGGUAACUCAUUUGUUUCUAGGUAGCUUGCAAAGUUUGGUAUGGUGAGGUUAAAAUUUUAUAAAAAAAAAAAAUAAAUAAAAAAAAAGAAUUAUUGUUUGAUGUAUCUUCAUGAUUUUAUGAUGAUUGUUUAAUUAGUAUAGUAAAAAAAAAAAUCUACAUGCUUACAUUUUCUUCAGGGAGGUAGAUUAUGCUAGCUAGCUCAUUAAAAAUCAUGUCAUUAUAUUACUAUAUAUUUUGUCAAUAAAUGUCCUUUUUAGCUGAAAUGAUGGUAAAACUCUCGCCUUUUUUUCUUGGCUUUCCUUUAUGCGACAUGGAACGUGUCUUUUCUGUGCUUUAGCAGAGUAAAAACCAGGAUAAAAAGCAUUCCUAAAAACUGGAAUAUGCAAUCAUCCUCCAUAGCGCACUCGCUUCAAUUUUUACCUCACGCUGCUGCAAAACUGAUGUAUAUGUUAAGUGCAUACAACCACCACAGCUGAAAAAUAAUACGUUUUGCAACUAGAACCAUUCGGUCUAAUUGUGGAAAAGCGUCUAAGGCUGUGUGUCCACCAGCUGAAAAUGCCAGGUGCUCUUCUUUGGAGGCGCAACGUUUUUUCAGCUGAGACGCUUUGGUUGCUAUGAUACGGAAUAUCCAAGGAAGUAAUGUGCUGCAAGUACCUAAUUUCGCAGAUAGUUUGUGUAACAAGUACUGAAUGUAAAAAUGUCAGCACAAGGAAGAGUACUUGCUCUGGCCCUUGCUCUGGAUGAAGGGAAGGCUGAAGCAUUAUAUUUUUCAUAUUUAUAUUGUGGUAGUCCGGGAAUGUCAUUUGGUACAGAGAUGAAUACUCAGAGACCAGCAAUCUUCUCGUCCAUUGUUGUUCAAUCGUUGUACAAGUAGGAUGUGAUGGUUGCUCAGUUUUACCAGUGUGGUAUUUGUCCCGCCCCUCCUCCACUGUGAUUAGAUGGCUGGGUAAAAAGUGACAAUGAUGAGCGCUGCGUUUUACCCAAAGUUGAAAAAUUUUAAACUCUAGGCGACCAGAAAAAAAUGGCAAGCGUAGCGUGGAAUAGACACACUGCUGGCUUUUUUAAAUACGCGGUGCUCCCAUUGCAAACAAUUGAAAACAAUACGCUGGAAAAAGUGCUUUGGUGGACACACGGCCUAAUGUUGCUGUGUCUGGCUGGACAAGCCGCUCAGACAAACAGAGCAAUUUUUAUAGUGCCACAGAGAAACAAUGUUAAAAGUUUUUGAGGAAAUCAACCUACAAAUGGCUUAUAGUUGUCACUGUAUAUUAAACUAGGAUAGGAAAAAGUAUUUUAACAUUGGAAAAGCUUUGUGUAUUGAUGAGGUUCAGUGUUUUUUCUAACCAUGGUUACUUAAACAUGACUAUAUAUAACUGAUGAUUUAUUUUUUAUUUUUCCUUACAGCCAUUGUAUAAGAGUUGUGCAUUUUAAUUCAGAGUUUUCAUCAACAAUUCGGAUACCAUGGAUGGCAAGUUUCCACCAUGGAAAUGGCAUGGAAAGCAUAGGAACAAGGUUCCCUAUAAUACACCAGGUGAAGGCCAGGAGGUAUGUUACAGUAAUUAUUUUCCUUCAAAUUGUGAUAAAGUAGGGACUGCAGGGAAUUAUGGAGAAAGAACAGAACGGUUCCCUCACAGUACCUGGCCACAAGCACAGUCACAGGGGCAUGACAUGAUAGGAGGCAACUUUGCUGCUGGAGAAUCCAUGCCACCACUGUCAUCUUGUAUGAGUGGUGCUUUUAAGGCUUUGCUGCCAGAUUAUCAUGAACCUUCCUCAGCAAUGACAACAAACUCUGUUAGAUAUUCCUAUUCCCUUGAUAAUCGUUGUCUUCUCAAAAGUGGCACUGAAGAGGAUUAUGGUGAAAACAUAGCAGUGGAGAGAAUGCAAACAUUGAAUGACCAAGAAUUGGACCCAGGAAACCCCCCUAUUUGGACAUCUGUCAUCAAAGAUGCUCUAGAGAUGAGUAAUGGAAUGGAAAUGGAACAGAGUUUAGCCGUUGAUGUCUGUGCCCCCCUAGUGGACUUAAAUCCUGUUUAUAAAACACCUCAAACUGAUGAAAAAAUUACAUUAAAGAAACACUGUCAGAUAGCAGACUCCAGACCAAAGGAGAAACUGGAUGGGGAAGAAGUGAAAGGAGAUCAGGAUUGCUUUGUUACAAUGUUGUCAGAUGGCAUAAGCAAACAGCAAGAUGUUCUGGAAAUGGGGAAAAACCAGGAGCAAAAUAUCUUUGCUUAUGGAUCAUCUACAAGAAAAGAGGAACUUGGACUGACUGGUAUCAGAGUACCUGAGCCAGCUGCAUUAACAGGAUUUAACAGGAGUUCAUAUGUUCCUUUUUCUUCAUCAAAAGGUAAUAUGAAAUGUGAAGGGUUUUCAGGCAUUCCUUUGGUCAAACAGUCUGUUGAACACACCCUCUUGAGGACAGAAAAAGUACAUGGGCUGUCAUGCAAAGAUGGCAGCCCUAGAAAAACUCUGGACAACUGCAUGAAUGUAAAUAAUGAAACCUUCCCUGAAAGUUCAACUGUAUAUGGUCUUAAUCAUCUUAAUCUUCAAAAGGGCAUUCUCCAAGAGGUUACAGAUGGAAAAACUGUAGUUAAUUUCCAGACUCAUCCCUUAAACCAUAAUGUGCAAGAUGAGAGGGUAAACCAAAUUUAUUUGCAUGUUUCUGACACUACACUUAUCAAACCACGUUCAUCAUGUCUACCCACCACCCCAAACUUCAUCAGUGAACUGGAAAAUCAAGUGCAUAAUCUUGUACCUUCUCAAGACUCAGACAGCAUUUUUAAUCUGGCUGUGGUUGAAUGUGAAAAUUCAAAACUCCGACUUGCAAGAGAAGAACAGACCCUUGAAAGGGGUCUGUCUGUGCCUGAAGAACUUGAAAAUGAGGCAUCUAUUAACACUGAAAAUGCUGAACUCAGUCUAAAGGUCAAAGCAAAAUGUGUCCCUGCAGUUGUUUCCUUUCCAGUUCAGAACUCUUCUUCAGUCGCAGAGAUAGUUCAAGACCUACCUGCUGUUUUCGAAAAAAUGCACACUGAUCACAAAUGCAAGGAUUCCCAAACAGAACAAGAGGAAAGUGACAACUUAAAUAAGCUUUGUUUUCAAGAGAAAAAUUCAAAAAAUGAGGCGACGGCAUUGUCCUUAACUCCUGUGUCUACUGAUAGUAGGACAUACCACCCAUAUAUAGAAGUAAAAAGCUCUGAAAAUAGGGAAAAGACAUUUCCUAACAAUACUGCAGAAAUCAGUGAUCUUCCAAGUGCUGAGAAUGUACAGGCAGCUUUACCUUCCCCCAGCUCAAGGAUUGAUUGCUCCACUCAACAUAACCUAAAGAACGCAUUUCAAAAGCACAGGAAACUAAGAAAAAGAAAAAAGUCAGAGCCUGAGGAAUUAAUUGGACAGAAAUCCACUACAGUAGGUGACUGUUCUAUGUAUGGAUCAGAAAUAUCAGAUAGUGCUGUUAAACCAGGCACAACUGGAUGUGAAGAAGCUAAUCGAAACUGUACCUUGGCUGAUCAUGACAGCACUGCAUUGAAAGAGAAGGACUUAAUUAAAAAUGAUGUAAUCCCACAGAGUAGAAGAAAACCCCCUAAGAAAAGGAAAAUUAUGUCAGUGAGACAUGAAAAUGUUUUAAGUUGUCAUGCAGAGUCAUUUGAUGGUACUAAAUCACCAUGUGAUUCACAACUGCAAAUUUCACAAUAUGAGCAACUUGAGGAUAAGGCAGAUAAGACAGAGACCUCACAAAAACUAGGUCAUAGCUUCUCUGAUGAAAAAGUCACAUCAGGUAUCAGACAAAAUGAUUUUUUUGAUAAUAAGGCUAAAAUAUCAGAUUCUGUCAUAAAAUCUGCUUCCAGAAAGAAAAAUAGAAUUACAAGGUUAUGUUUAAAAGCAAAAAACUCAGCUGCUCAGAGCAGUCAAAGUCUGUCCCAAAGCACUGGCUUGUCCCCAGAAGAGGAUUAUUCAUCACAUUCUCAGGUCAGUAACACCAUCCUGGGUGCUGUGAAGGCAGUGAAUAAUGCAGCACAGAGUGCAUCAGUAAACCAACAGGCCAUCUCUAUUUUAGAGACCAGUACUGGUGAGUGCAGCCCAGAAAAGGCACAGAAAUUAAGAAGCAAGAAAACUUUGCAAACAAAAAAUCAGCCUCCGAAAACCGUACAAGGCAAAUGUGAUUCAACACCCAACAUCUGCAAAACUGAAUCACAGCUUGAGGAUGUUCCCACAACAAUUUCAAAACUUGAGGAAGACUUAGUGGGCCACAAUGUAAAGAAGCAUAAGAAGACGAGAAGACCUACGGUAAGGGCUUCUAGAGUCAAAAAUGAAAAGUCUGCAACUACUCUGGAUAUAUCUUUACCAGACUCUGUGAGUCCAACAGAUUCUGUUUCAACCUCAGUGUCUGACUCUUCAAACAUUUUAAGCCCUCAGAAUAAUCCAAAGAAAGCAAGACAAAAGAAAAAAGAUAUAAAUAAGGCAGAAAAUACACUCAAAGUCUUCCCAACAAUGUUCCAACAAGAGGAUAUUCCCUCACCAUUAUCAAAAUCUAGAGGAAACAUGGUGGCGUCCAAUAGAAAAAGUAAUGUGAAAGCAAAAAGACCUGUUAUAAAGACUACUAGAAAGGAUCAAAAUGAUGACUGUGAUACUGCCCUUAUACCGACUUCUACAGCUUCUCUAAAGCACGAAGAUUUUUCUGGAACUGAAGUUGAGCCUCCAUUUGUGCUUACCACAAAAAAAAAAUCACGGAAAAAGAAAUGGUUAGGUAUUCAAGAUGAGGCAGUACAUAUACCUGAAGUUGACCAAAAAAUGUCUCAGCCAGAUGUUUUGACUCUGCUGUCAGAAUCAGAUGCCAUCAUUGUGUCACCAAAUAGAAGAAGAUUCAGAACACGAAAAACACUUGCCAAAACAGUUUCUCAUAGCACAGUAAGCAAGAGCUAUGAAGCGGUUCAUUUGAUUGAACCAAUUUCUUCAGCAAAUGGGAAUCCAUUUGACACUGUGUCGGCUAAAGAAACUGACUCUUCAGAUGUUCUGAGCCAACAGAACACAGAAAAGACAUCAAGUAAAAGGAAAAAAAAAGAUAAACAUAUUACAGCACAAAUGUCCACUAUCAGCCAAACUUUUUCACAACAGGAAGAUGUUACUGCAAUACCUUCAAAAUCUAAAACUAGAAACAAGAUAAGUGACAUUCACCUAAAUGAUAAUUUGGUUGAAGAAACAUCUUUAUCAGCCACUGUAAAACAGGAAAAUUCUAUUUCACCUUUAAGGAUUGACUCUUCAAGCAGUGUCAAACUAAGUAGCACGCUGAAAAAGUCAAGAAAAAAGACCAAACCUGCGAAAAAGGCAAUUAGGCAGCGUGUGAAGAAUAACCAUCCAACUGCUCCUUUGGACAUGCAGACUUCUACAACCUCUCUGAAGCAAUCAGAGUGUGUUUCAGCUAUUUUUACACUCACACCAAAGAAAUAUAAUAAAAAGAAAAUGUCUGAUAUUCAAGGUGAAGCAGUACAUAUACCCGCAGUUGACCAAACAAUGCCCCAUCAAGAAACUUUGACUCUACAUUCAGAAUCUGAUACCAGCAUUUUGCCUCCACAUGCAAGAAAUUUCAGAAUUCCACAAACACUUGCUUCAAAAGAACCUUCGAACACAGCUAGUGAUAAAUAUGAAACUUCUCAUUUGAAUGAACUUGUUUCUCCAGCUACUGGAAAUCCAGCUGAUUCUGCGUCAGCCACAGAAACUGAUUAUUCAGAUGUUCUCAGCCAACAGAACUCAGUAAAGACAAAAAGAUCAACAAAAAAGGCCACUAGACGAAAAACACAUGUAAAAAAUGUUCAAUCAGAGGACCAUGCUGAACAUCCUACGGUUUUGUCAGCACUUUCAGGUUUGCCUUCACCAAUAUCUCUGUGUAAGGAUGCAACAGCAGACCCUAUUUCUGUCAUUGCCGAAGAUGUUGUAAUUCCACAGAGGUCACUGAAGAAGACAAAGAAAGCACAGGGGAAAAAAUUGCUGAAGCAAAAAGUAAGUAAUAGCUCCCCUAAAACAGCAAAUAUCAUAGAGCUGGCUCACAGAGAAGAACAAAUGUCAGGUCUGCCUUCUGUUUUGAGUGAGUUAGCCUCAGAGAAUUUUGAAACUUUAAAAGCAGACAGCUGUGACCAGAAUUGGAAGAUUUCUAAGAAGAAAUUAAAACAACCUAAGCAAAUUGCAGAAACACAUGGACUGGCUAGUGUUUCUUUGUCUCAAGAAAUGUUGUCUUCUAGAGAAUUUGGGAAAACUUGCAAAACAACUGAGAUAAAAACUCAAUUAGAUGAGGCAGGUGUCAUGGAUACCAAUACAGCCAUGCAAGAUUUCUGUACAUUAUCUGAUGUUCAGUAUGUGGAAGGAUCACAGUGGCCUAAAGAAGAUGGUUACGUGGUUGAUCAAAAAGAUAUUACAAUCAAACAGGAGACAAUUAAAGAUCUCAAAGCCCCAAAAACUCAGAGAAUCAAAAAGACAAAGAAUCGAAAAACUGGAAAAAAGAAGAGGAAAAUGGCAGGCUUGUUAACUCGAAGAGUUAAAGAUGAGGAACAAAGAGAUAUUUUUUCUGAUAAAAAAAUUGCCUGUGAUGUUCAGAACAACCCUCAGACUCCGUUGUCUGAUAACUCAUCGAAUACAGCAGUUAUAACAGAAGAAGCAGUGCUGAAGUCAAAUGUGUUCAUUUCAAGAAAAUCAACCCGCAUACAAAAUAUAAACUCGGGCCCAGUGUUUAAAAAUUUGUCAACCCAGUUCAAUAGCACAGUCUCUUCAGACGUAACUGAUAGUCUUGCAAGACAACAAGAGACUCUUUCCAGUUCCAUGUACACUGUUGAUUGUGAAGGCCAACAUACUGGCCAUGGAAUUUCAAUAAGUGUUGAGCAAAAGUCACCAAACCGAGGAAGACGUUCCCCAAUUAAAAGUAAGAAACUAAACUUAUCUGUAGCACAUUUAGAUGAUAACACAUCACCUAUCCAGAUCUCAGAUCUUUCUUCAUUGCAAGGUAACACAGAAAACUCUGUCAAAGCAGCUGCAACUCCAGUGAAGCAAAAGGUUGUUCGACCACUUGUAAAGAGAAAAGCAGUGAAAAAGAAAAAUGUAACUGUUACGAAACAAUUGGGUGCAGAUCUCACAGAAUUCUCUCAGAGUGUUACGGAUCAAACAAACAAUACUCCUUUACAGAUCAUCCUUGCAACUGGAUCUAAAAAAGAGAAGAAUUUUAAGAGACCAACAAGAAACCUGGAGUUAACAUGUUUGAGAGAAUCCAGUAGAGCAUCCAGACGGAACAGUGGCACAGUCCAAGGUUUUCAAAAAACUGACAUAACUCACCUACCUCAAAAUUCCACAAAAGUGUUCAAGAAGGUAGAGUUGAAAACAUCAUUGACUGUCCCAGAUGUGAAAAAACGAAAGCUCUUAGACAAAGACGUUGUGUCGGCAGCUACGGAGACUUUUCAGAAUAAGGCAACAAUGGUUGGAUUGCAAAACGUACCUGAAGAACUGAAUGAAGAAAAACAUGGUCGAAAAAGACAAAAAAUUAAAGAGCCAUGCUUUGCUGAUCCAGUAACUGAACAUGGUGAGCUUCAAAGGCUAAAAACAGAAUCCAAAAAUAACAAAACAGAACGAAUUCAUCUGGAUACAAAAAUCAAAGCAUAUACUGAGCUGAAAUGUACUCAAGAAGCAGAUACAGAACUGAGUAUGGAAAUGUCAGGGGAAAAAUUAUCUGAUUACUUACCUGAGACUAGUGCUAAUAAGGUUGAUGUACUUCAACCCUCUAAAGCACAGAAAGCUGAUGGCCAUGUUGCAAUAUAUAACAAGUUUACUAAUAACAAGCAAAUGGGAUCCCAGCCUAAAGAAAAAAGAAAAAAACCUCUCACUUGCAAAUACUGUGGCAUUUCCUUUCGGCACAUUACAGCAUAUGUCAUUCAUCAACGCAUUCAUACUGGUGAAAAACCCUACAAAUGCAGGUUUUGCGGUAAAACCUUCGCUCAGCUGUCUAAACUAAAUUCACACCGAAAUGUACAUAAGCAGCAUGUCACUUUUCCCUGUCCUUGCUGUAGCCAAAAGUUCUUGCAUAGAGAAGAUUUGAUAUGUCAUUUUAAAAUUCACCUGCAAGAAUCAAAAGUAAAAAAUCAACCUGAGAAGGACAAUAAGAGCAAAAGAGAUAUAUCAUCAGAUGCGUCUUCAAAGACCCGAGACAAUUUUAGGUGCCUUAUUUGCAAGUUUUGUAACAAAAACUUUGUAAACCAAGUCAAAUUGCAGAGUCACAUGCAGAUUCAUGAAGUAGAGAAGCCCAUGACUUGUAAAGACUGUGGGAAGAAGUUUUGGAAACCUUCAAGCCUCGCUGUUCAUGAAAAAAUCCACUGGCCUGUUAAACCGUAUGCUUGCUCUGUUUGUGGAAAAGGCUUUGACCAGCUGAAGGCACUAAAAAUGCAUUCUCAGGGCCACACAGGUGAGACACCUUUCUCCUGUUGUCACUGUGGUCAUGCUUUCAGUGCCCUGUCUGCACUUAGGACGCAUCAAGCAUCCAAAAUGUGCAUUGCAAGGAGAAAUGCUGAGGAAAACUCUGACAUUGCAGGCUUCAUUGUAAGUCAAGGAGUUGUUGGUCAGGUGAACACACCAGUUUUCUUCAAGUGCCAAAUAUGCAAACAGCUCUUAAAGAAAUGGUGCCAGUACACUCUUCAUCUUCAGACUCACACCAGCUCUUCCCCAUACCUUUGUUUCUCUUGUGGACAGAGUUAUGAGAAGGAUUCUGAGAUAACUGUUCAUUGUGAGGUGUGCUGCCAGUCAAGUGGGGAGGAGAAGACUUGUGGUGCAUCACUCUCAGAAAUCAUGCAAGGUGUCACCCAAACUUGCCCUGAACCGCAUAGUAUUUCAGGGAACAGUUUACAGUGUACCUCAUCUCAGAGUUUACCAAGUACAGAAUUUCAGCGGAUUUCCCAAACACUGACCAGCCCACAGACUAGCGUAGAACCAUUUACUAAACUCCCUCAAUCUACAGAAUUUGAAUCUACACAAACAAGAGCCUCAGACCUUUCAUACCAUCUUGAAAAUCAUUCUAACCAGUCACCUAUCGAACUCCCAAUUGCCAAAUCACCCACUCCUUCUGAAACCAGCUGUACUUCUUUUGAUAGUUCUCUAGAAUGCAUCGAAAUCUCUCCAAGUCUUUGGAAGUUUCAGUGUUCACGCUGUGGUCAGCGAUUUAAGCGUUACCGGUUUUUGUGUGCUCAUAUGCAGACACAUGCUCCUGGUUUCAGAUAUACUUGUGCACAUUGUGGACAGUUCUUUGAAAGGUGGAAUAAACUAUGGUUGCAUCAACGAUGCCAUCGUCUUAAAGGCCGUUGUUACUCAUGUACACAGUGCAAUCUGCAGUUUAAUUUCUUUAGCUCCUACAAAGAGCAUAUGUUUGACCAUGCAGGGCAGAGACCAUAUGCUUGUCCUCUCUGUCCAAAAACCUUCAUCCAGGAGGACGGCUUACAUGCUCACCAAUGUGAGUCUCAUAAACUGUGUAAAAGUCUCAAAUGUGACGUCUGUUCUAAGACUUUCAGUAGUUUAAGAAACUUAAUCAAGCACAGUCUUCUGCACAACGGUGCUACCUCUCAUGUUUGUCUCCUUUGCAAUCUCUCAUUCACGAAUACAAGAGCCUUACAAGAACACUUGAAAACCCACACCAGUUUAAAUGGACCGCCACUCCCUGAUAUUCCAUCAAAGCCACUCAGUUUUCCCCACAAAUGUAAGAGAUGUAAAGCUAGCUUUUCAACUGGGGACUUACUUUAUGCUCAUCAGAUAUGCCAUUCCAGAUUCGCAAAGACUGAAGUCCGUCCAGCAGUUGAGUCUACCUCACAAUUUUCAGAUUCUUCUCAUAAUGACACAGAAUCUAUCACACCAUUUACUUGCACCAAUCACAUAUCGAACCUCAAACUUGAUGGCAUACCCAGUGAUAAGAGCCUUUAUGCUUAUUCCCAUCCUGAUAGGCUAUAUGUGACCCCUCAGCAAUCUAGAGGACGAAUUCCAGUCAUUAAUUUGGACUCUGAUGAACACGAGGUCUCAGUCAUUCACAAUACCAGUCCUGAAUUUCCAAACUCUAACACAUCAGUCAACAGCGAAGGAUCUGGGCAAGAUUGUCCUCUAUCCAAAGAACGAAUUCCAGUGAUUAAUUUGGAUUCUGAUGAACACGAGAUCUCAGAUUCUCACAAUACCAGUCCUGAAAUUCCAAAUUCAAACCCAUCAGCCAACAUUGAAGGAUCUAGGCAUGAUUGCCCUGUAGUCACUACUCAAUCAGACAGCACACAUCUACCUCAGACCACAUCUGGUCAAUACACUACUAACUUAAAGUCAAGUGAAAGCAUUAAAGGGAUAGCAAACGAUAAUAUCCAGGAUGAAAGUAAUUACAGCUGCAAUUAUCAGAGAAAGCAUACGAUUCUAGAGACAAGUGUUGACAUGGAGCUAGAAACUUCUUUUACUGAAGAGGAGUCAGAGGAGAGAUUUGAAUGUGUAGAUUGUACUGAAAAACUGACCAGUGUUUUGGGUCUUUAUGAGCAUUACAUACUUCAUGCAAUGGGGGAUACAUAUGUACAUUGAUCAUUAUUACAGUUUGUUUUAUCAUUCAUUAAUGUUGAAAGGUAGAUUAUGUUUUCUGUAUAUGCCUGCUUUAAAAUCAUGAUGUUGUUGUAAGAGCUCACUGACAUGUUUGAAACUAUUAUGUUUCACAAUUCUACUGUUGUGUACUUUUUGCAUGCUUAAAGAAGAUAUUGGCUAAAAGUGUCAUUCUGGGCAAAAACCAUUGGUGAUAAAGCAGCAUUACCACAAUUCUUCCUUCUGACAUGCUCUUUGAACA